CGAUUUUUGGAGGGGUUGGGGUGAAUUGUUGCCCGAGGAAGGGCAAGUUUUCAAGUGUUACGCUACGUGUACUUGUAUGGACUAGUUCGAGACAUCAAGAAUGUCUGGCAGCACGGGUCUAACAAAUGGUCAGUCAUUCAAGUUGCAGUCUACUAUGUGCGCGGAGCGCACAUCUCUUAAUUCAGAUGGUUCACGUGACAAGCAUGCUCGUUGUCAAAAAGCUGGUCGUGAAGAUUCUGAACUUGCUAAAGUAACCGCAAAACUUUCGCCGCAGCUGCCUUCUUCACUGGAAGUUGUGACAGUUGAUGUGAUCUCCGACCAGGAAUUGAUCUCUCUUUAUGAAGAACGCAUUCCUCGUUCUUCUGUAAAAUACGAUGAUGUGUUGAGGAAAGCGGUCUUUCUUCUGAGAGAAAAAACUCGCGUUGAGGAAGAAAUUUCGGGUUUGCGUGCUCGCAAUGAAUCGCUACAGCAGUUGAAUAAAACUAUUAGGGAAAAAAGCGUUCGCUUGCACGCAAAGGCUGAACAGGAGGAAGAAUUUAUAUCCAACAUGUUGCUGAAGCGCAUUCAGAAACUGAAGAAUGAUAAGGAGGCUUUGGCUUUAAAGUAUGAACAGGAGGAGGAAUUUCUAACAAACGACUUAACACGCAAGCUUUCUCAAUUACAAAAUGAGCGAGAUGAGUUGGCUGGACAGGUUGAAGCGGAGCAGAGUUGGGUCGUCGAUACACUGCUCGUAAAAAUUCGUAAACUAGAGGCGGAAAUUAGUGCAAAUCACACGGCACUCGAGCAACUGCGUCGCGAAAAAGUCGAUCUUGAAAAUGCGCUUGAGCAUGAACAAGAAUCUCUAUUCAACACUCUGGGUAAACGGAUGGAUCAGUUGGAGGCUGAAAAAAGACGUAUGCAGGCUCGCUUGGAUCAGGCCAGUUUGUCGGAAGAUCAUUCGCCAUCCUCCUUGGCUAAUGAAUUUCCUUCUCACGAGAUGAAUGAUACUGGAGAACGUCGUUCGACAAGAGCUGAAACAGAAGCUCGUAAACUGCGUGAAGAAUGCAGUCGCCAGCGCAGCGUUAUCGCCAGUCUCAAGGGAACAAUCUCCAAUUUGCAGCAACAAAUGAGUGCACAGGAAACAAAAUAUGUUGCUGAUUUGCUGGCCAUUCGUGAAAAGUCAGCUGAGUCGCGUGCGAAUAAUCGUCGCGCACGUAUGGCCUUGGAAACUGAUUUGGCACGUUGUCUUGAAACCUGUCGUGCAUUCGCUGCUUCUGAAACAGCACGUGAGAGCGAUGAGGACAAUUGUAUGGCGGCACUUCUUAACCGAAUGUCGGUUCCGAAAAGCAUGACACCAACCCCCACUUAUCCUGCAGAAACUUCUCCAAGUGCUAUGGCAGUUCCGAAUACCGAUGUUGGUCUAUCCCCUUGGCACAGUGAACGUGUCUCAUCCGGACGUUCUGGAUCGCAGGGCGAGAGAAUGGAAGAGGGUUCAGAGACAGCAGAUGUAGAUGGUGAUGUGAACAUGGAUGCAAGCUUCUUCAUUAGUGAACGUCUUUCUCCUCGUAAUGAGGAUGGAGAGCGUUUUAAUGAGGAGUCGACGAAGACAUCAUCGGCAUGUCCCGGUUCGAUUUCAUCAGUUUCAAAUGAAGAUUCGAAUGAAUCAGCGGAAUUGGCGAAUAUAGGUCUUGGUCAAUUUGCACGUCCAGCCCUCCCUCCAACUCGUUCACCUAUUGCCAAAAGAGACUGA